UGUUCGCUCGAUGUGGCCGAUCUCAGGUUAAUUUGAACUUUUAUUGUGAAACCGGAAAUGAAAGUCAGAUUAUUGUUGCUAGCUUGACCAGUUUAGCACCUGUUCUAUAGCUGUCAGUCAGCGGGGCGAUGCUGGCCGUCUGAAAGCCGAACUGAACCCACACAGACGGGAUCUUUGUGGAUUAUUGCUUCCAAAAAGACUGGAUACCAAGAGCCAUGGUGACCAAGAAGGUCAGGACAGAAUAUAUGAAGAAGUUCAGGGAUCCCAAAUGGGAGACGUUCUCAAAAUGCUACGAGGAUUCUCUGAAAUACCGCCUGACCCGGCGAGUGAUGGAGCAUUCCCACAAGCCCUGGUUCUGGGAGAGCUGGGAGACCGCUUCCAACUCCAGCGGCUGGUCCACUCCGAGACUGACCAGAAACAAGGUUGCUCCUCUGUCACUGCCGCCGCCACUGCUGCCUGCGUGCUCAGAGGUCAAACAGAGGCUGAUGGAGGUGAAGACCAGUCUUGAUUUGAAGCCAGAGGUCAAACAGAUUGAAGAGGAAACGGGAGAGGCUCCUGUUGUAGACGUUGCACCAACAGCAGAUAUUUUAGAAAAUGGCAUAAACGGGCCUGGGGCAGUUUCAGCGUCCAUAGCUCCAGACACCAGCGGCCCCUCAGACGGCACGUCGACAGACAACAAGCCUGUUAGUUCAGAUUCGUCUGACGAGAAGCCGGUGAACCCAGCGCCGCGACGACGCCACCGCUGUCGCACCCCUCGCUCUGUGCUGGCGCCGCGGGACAGUUCCUUCGAAGAUAAACCAGCUGUGGUCCAAAAGCCACCGAGAGCCAAGAGUCAACCAGCAAUAAGCAGCAAGGCGAACCGCAGACCGUCCAGCAGGAUGGACUGGACCGAGAGACAACCAGAGGGCAACAUGCCCGCCGCCGGCGUCCAGACGCAGCCCAACAGGCGCAGCUCCAACCUGGACCGUCGACGGGCCCGGUCGGCCGACCUGGAGAAGACGCGGCGGUCACAGCUAACGAUGGCCGCAGCUGACGACCGCUGGACGACAGAAUACAUGCGGUGCUUUUCUGCCCGGCUCAGGUAGAGGCCGGAUCCAUAAAGAACCCGUGUUUACCCAGCAGCGGACGAACAUGAGGAGCUGCAGACUGUUCAGCUGACUGAGCAACAGGCUGGGCAGCAAGUUGACUCAAAGUGGUGAAGAAGUUGGCAGGAGAAACUAAAUUAUUCAAACCCCUGGCAAAAUACCUAAAAGAUACCUAAAGUUUCUUCUGACUGGAAGCAAAGUUAGCAGAGUGUCCUCUCAUCCUUAAAUUCAUUAAUGGCAGGUAUUAAAUUUUGUCAUGGCAGGACUAUUCAAUCUCAAUAUAUGUAGUUUUUUUUCUUUAGUCAAAUAAACGUUUGAGUUGGACAAACAUUUUAGUCUAUUCUGACUGUAGGAUUGAGGAUACUGCUAAAUAGCUGCUAAUAACUCUUACUAGUUUUGCAUCUGUAAUGGAAAAGCAUAUGUUCGUUUUCUCCACUGGCUCACAACCCAUACGACUACAUUAAAUAUGCAACUUUCUUUUCUUUUGUCUUAAAAAGCCUUAAAUUAGAAAUUUCUCCUGAAACCUAGAUUAAGUUUUUUGUUUUUUUUACUUGAAUCUGAAUUCUUCCUGUAAAUCUUAGAGAAGAUUAUGAGUAAUUUUGAAACGCAAUUUUUAGUAAAACGAAAUAAAAGCAGAUCAAUAUCUCUUCAUCUGAAAUCUCCUGCCAUCAGUGUAUCUAAACAUUAUCAAUAAUAGUUAAAAAGAUGAUGUUUGCCAACAAUUACUCAUCAUAUCCCUGCUUGCUUCUUCACUUUAGAGGCAGCUAAGGUGUAAUGUUACAUCUAAGGUGUAAUGUUGCUUCAGUGAAUCUCUGCUGCUGAGGAUAAAACACCAGAGACGUUUUCACCUGCAGAAAACAGAAAUACUCCUCUGGUGUAGGAAAGUAAGAAAUGAAAAGACCUCCGUGUCUGAAUCUCGUUUUUGGAGUUAAGCAGGAACAGAAGUCAGUAAUCUGCAGAUGCUUUCAUAUCCUUUGUGGUUUUGCCUCGAUGGCAGGGAUUCAGUGAGUGCUACGCUGCCCAGUCUGCACUGCGUCUGUGUGAGCCGUGAACAAGCAUCUGGGAUUACAGAGAAGCUUUUUUAACCAGUACCGACUUUAAGAAAGUGCUAACAUGCUACUGUCUGAAUGUGCAGGAUCUCAUUUCUCCAACCGCUGUACUUUAAAUGAGCUUAUAAAAAGUUGUUCUUGUUUUGUUUUACUUCUACUUUUCUCUCACUCAAAGGCAGCUGAGCUUUUCCAACUCUGAGGAAGCAGAGAGGACCAAAUUAGAAUAUUUUUGAUAUCCGGUUUGUACUUUGGGAAUAAGGACUUCUAGUUUAGAGGUUAAUAAAGAACAGAUAAAUAUAAUUUAUCAUCUAAAAUUAGUAUUGUAGUCUAACAGAAGAUAUAUUUAUGGUACACUGGCCUUAUUAUAGUUGCUAAAUGAACCUCACUUUAUUUAAAACUGUAGAUAAGCUGUGGAGGUGGGCGGGUUUUAUUUAGGUAAGAUGCAUCAAAAGGGGAUAUAAUGUAACAUUUUAUCAAAUAAUGCUUUAUUUAUCUGAAAGGGAAAUUUAAAUGAUGUAACAAAAUAUCACCCGAGUAUCUACAAAGUCAUUGUGGGUGGUGAUGCUGUGAGCAGGAAGGAUCUCAGGUGGCAGUCAGUCUUCCAACACAUCUGAAAACGCUUCUGACUGAAGACUGUUUAUAUAAAAUAAUAAUAAUAAUAAUAAUAAUAAUACUUUAUUUGUAUAGCACCUUUUUAAACAAAUGUUUAAAAACAUUUAAAAUAUAAAUGAAAACAUCAUAAAUGACACAAAAAGUACACCAAAUCAAUUAAAAUACACGACAGUGAUAUAAUAAAAAUACAAAAGCAAUCCAAAUAUUAGAAGCCUUACUAUAAAAGUAUGUCUUAAAAGAUUUAAAAGAAGAUAAAGAGGUCUGUCAGAUAUUUAGAAGGACAAACUGGGAGGCAUUACAUAACUGUCAUAACUUGCGAACUGCUCAAUAUCCAGGCUGAAGUGACGAUGUUCAACAGUAAAAUGUCCUGGCUGAUACCAUCAGUUAUUGACAAGCACUGCUAAUCCACCUCAUUUGCUUUUGCCACUCCAUUUUAAAUCGGCUAGAGAGACAUUUGAACUUCUCUUCCUUCUCUCUUCUUUUAACUCCUCUUGGAUUUGGGGUCAUAGUUCAGGCACUUCUUAAGCUUUUUAGAAACUUAUUAGCUGCUCUCAGUUGGGAAAAAAAACUUGUUGCCAUGGUUACACAUUAUAACAACUUUCUGAAAAUGAAAAGGUAAGAGCAAAAAAAAUCCUUCCAGCUGCACAGCAUCUAAAGCCAGGCAUGCAACGCCUCAAACUUCCCUCCCCCCAAAAAAGACGAAUAAAUGUCUACAAAAUUAACAAACUGAGAUUAAAAGGGAUUAUAAAUGUGAACAUUUUCCUAAAUUAGAAAACCUAUCAUCUGGAAACCUGUGAAAUUUUUUGUCACAUCUUUAAGAUAAUUUAUUCUUCUUUAGUUCAAAAGAGAAGUAAAAAUAAUGGAUCAUUGCUACCUUUCUUUCUUUAUAUUUAUAUCCAAAUUAAUUUUUAUUUCUUGCAUUAAGAUACCAGGAUGUGCAUUCGGUGUUGUAGCGAAGGAAUAAUUUAGGUAACAUCUCAAUUUUGUUUGGAUUUAGUUGCUUUCUAACUAUGGAUUGUAAACACACAUUGAUGUUAUUGUUGCAUCUACCCGCUUUGAGGGCUAAUGGUCAUUAUGCACCAUUUUAUUCAGCAAAUAUCCUUCUAAAAAUUUGAAUGCUUUUAAAUGUAAUAUGAAUGUUUAUUGAUUUCACACUUGCUAAUUUUUCUAUAUUUUUGUGAAUGUUUUUAUAACACUGUGGAGAACCUCUGCUUCAUGCUGAACUUCAAUAUUUCAUAUGGUUAAGUGUCUUAUUUCUAAGAAACUAUUAUUAUUGAUCCUGCUGUGCUAGUUUUUCGUGUCUCUGUCUUACCAAAACCAAAAAAAGACAACUAUCACACAUUUAUGAAUUAAAAAUUAUGUUGUUAGAUUAUUCAAAUUAAUGUGACCAGUAAAAUAGCAGGUUCAGAGGUCGUCAUGCAUCCCACCUAAGGAGCAUGUAGCAGUUAAGCUAACAUGCGAGAUAGCUUCACGGCAUGCAUGGUGUGUACGGUGCCUUGCUUAAGCAUUCACACCCUUUAAACUGUGUCAGUUUGUUACAGCCAACAACUGUGGUGUAUUUUAUUAGUGCUAUCUUACGGACAUGCUUUGAUCUAAAUCAUUUCAUUGUAGCCUUGGCUGCAUGUUUACAACAUAAUAUCCUAUUAAAAUACAUCGAAAUGUAACAACAAAAGAAAAACUCAAGAGGUAUGAAUACUUUUGCAUCGGACUGUUUAUACAGUAACUGACAAUCAGUUUGUGGGUAAAACAUGUUAACCUUUUACAGUGGCGGGCACCGCUAACUAAAGAAUUUGUAGCACUAAUCAUAAAUAUUAGCUUUGAAAAAUAAAUAAAUAAAUAAAUAAAUAAUAGCUUUGCUAACGCACUACACCACCAUGAUAGCAAUGCUAAAGUACUAACUACAAUUGAUCUGUCCUUGAAAGCCUACAAUCCUCAAGCCCAAAUUUAAUCUUAACACAAUUUACAUGUUCCGUAACGCCCUUAGAUACUGUACUUGUUUGUCUUCUUUACUGUCCGCAUUUUAUUGUGGAGGCGGGAAACAGAGGGAGACAGUGAGGACAUGAAACGGAAAUGCGUAAACUGUCUUCACUCACUUCAAAAUAAGAGCAUGAAUGUAAACGUCUACCUACUUAAAGAAUUCUGGUCCAUAACCAAACCAAAAGUUCGACACAGAUAAAAUGUUUUCAAGUGAAAGUUUACAAAACAACCAAGUAAACUUACACUGCGGAAUGUAUCUAGAAAAUGCAAUUUAAGGAAAUCUAACUGCUAUAAUUAUUUUCAAAGUUAUAAAAAGCGAUAAAAUGUAGCUAAAAAUUAGCUCUGCUGUUAGGCUAGCAAAAGUGUGCCCACCACAAGUAGCUCCUGCCAAGAAAUCUAAAUUUGUUCCUUAAGUGACACUGUAAGGCCUGGUAAAAUCACUGUGGUCUUUGUGUCUGUUUGUAUUUAAUUUGUUUAAUGUUUGUAUAUUUAGACAAUCACAAGAUGGUAUCUGAUAUGUUACUAAGUGGGACAACUAAAACAAAAAAUAAUUAAAGAGUCUUUAUGUGUUAGGAUGGCUGAUGUGGAUUUUGACAGUGCUUUGUGGGAUUUUUGUGAUAAGUGAUGAUUUAAAAAAUUGUCCCCAUAAACUUUAAGAUGCCGGUUAAAUAAAUAAAUGUAGUUUUAUCACUGAAUUGCACAAAAUAACUGAUUAUAGUUUUGAAUUAGAUAUUUAUCAAUGUUCUCAAGAAAAAAAUGGACAAAAUGGUUAAAUUAACAUUCCUGACAAUAGAGUUUUUUGUAUUACUAGAAUUUAUCAUCCUAAGAAAUUUUUCUUGAUAACGACAUGAAAUAAAUUCACCCCUAUUCAUUCGACUCAACUUUCAGUGGUUGUGCUGGAAAACAUGAUUCAGUUCAUGAUUAUCGAUGGUAGAUAUAUUGAAUGUUAUGCAUCCAAAUAUUUGAUCAUUAUACCUCCACUGACGUUUGACUUGAUGCUCCAUGUAUUUGUAUUAAAAACAUGCACAUAUUUCCAUUCACUUAAAGAUAUUGCUGUGAAUAAAUGAUUUGAAUAAAGUCA